AUGAAUAUUUUUACAAGUACAGUAAAAUAUUUAAAUGAGUAUUUGUAUUGUUCAAUUAAUUUUGUUGGAGAGAGUCAUGAAGUUUUAAUACCAUAUAAACAAAGAAAUAAUUCAUUACCAGGAGAUGAAGUAUCAGUUGCAAUACAACCAAUUAAAUAUUGGAAAAUAGAAGGAGGUGAUGAAGAUAGUUUAGAAAUAGAAUAUAGUCAAUUAUUUUUUAAAGAAAAGAAAUAUAAUAAUAUGGUAGAAUUAAAUUAUAAUGAAAUCAAUAGUUUAAGUGAAUUAAUUGAGUUAAUUUUAAAUAGAAAAGAAUAUAAUGGACAUAAACUUCAACCAACAUGUGAAGUAAUAUAUAUUGAAAGAUAUGAAAAAUAUAAAGAUAUUACAGGAUAUAUUGAAUAUGGAGUAUUUUGGCCAGAUGAUAAUGGAUUGUGUUCAUUAAAAUGUAAUCAAGAAAUUGAAGGGUGUCAUGUUAUUGGAGACAUUGAUAGAGAAGAAAAUAUAUUUAUUUUUAAAAGAAUUAUUAAAAGUGGUAAUUGUUAUGAUUUUUCUGAAAAAAUUCAAUCACUAAAACAAAACAAUUUUCAACAACUAAUUUAUUAUGAUGAAAUAAAAUUUCUCAAAGAGUUUUACAAAAAUAAAUCAUUAUUAAAGACACAUACAUGA